UAGGUAAAGAUCAUCAUAAUAAAAAGUAACAUCCAGCAUGGCCAUACAGCAACCAAAGCCUCCUCCAAAUCAGCAGCUGUACGAGUUUCUACUGUUUGGCAGUGUGUCUGACAGUGAACUGCCCUCUUUACUGCACCGACUGAGAGGACUGGCAGACUUUGCAACCUGUGGAGGCAUAGCAUUCAUUGACAAGGAGCAAACUUAUAAAAUUGGUCCGUGGCGUGUUAAUAGUGUGUCCUGUACAGCAUGUGAUAUAUGCCACUGGUUAUUUAAUACAGAAAUAGGCAACACUCGUUCUGUAGUUAGAGUUCGACAGUCGCUAGACAAUGCCGAGGCCCCCUUGCAACUCAUAUACACUGGGCAGCUGGACCUGGGUGAUGCUAACAGGCCGGCUGGAGUGAGGAGUUGUGUACACACUGCAUGCAGUAACAACGCCGCAGAAUGCCUCAAGGAAAUGGGAUUCAUAGCUGUCUAUGAGCUGAUACUGAGAGGCUACGUGUUCAGAAAGGGGCAAAUGAAGAUUGCCGUCUUCAAACUCUAUCAGCCGUCAGGAGAGGGAGCUGGUGUACCGGGUGCCCAGCUGUUGUCAGAGCACUACCUGGUGGAGUUGUCAGCUGUGACCACAUCAGGGCACGACAACGUUGGCAUGGAGAUGAGGGCUUUUGCUGAGCAACUCAAACCUAUUGUAACUAUGGAGAAAACAGACGGCGUAAGAUGAUGUCACCAACUCCCACCUGUAAUACGAUCACAUCACGUCUAUGUUAGGAAGACUCCAUGCAAAUUGUGUACAAGCUAGCUUAACUGUUUUUCAUUGCUCACUUACUAACUACAGCUGUGAUUAUGACUGUGUGAGAUGUUUGUUCUCUCUUUGUGCAAUACAUAUCAGUACAGUACAAGAAUUGUUGUCUGUG